AUGAAGCUUCGACCGAGCAGGGUCGUGUACAGGCUCAUCUCGACGAAUGUGCGAGUCGGUUUGAAGAGGUCCUUCGUGAGUUACCCCUCGGUUGAGAAGUCGCUUAGUGUGGGCGGCAACCAGGUCAUCAUCCCCCGUAAGGGGAGUCUGCCAGUCUGGAAGGAAGAAGAAGGGAAUAACACCCCCAUCCCAAGAGUAAUAAGCAGCAUUAGUAUCGGCGCGGAUGUCAACGUCUGCAUCGGUGUUGCGUUUGGUCACCACUGCCGUGCGCUCCGAAACGGAGUGUCCCUAGUGGUAACACAACUCUGCCAAACGAAAGGGAGGAACCCCAUCUACGCGAAUAGUGCAAGGAAGAAGUUUUCAACGAAUGUACCGAGGGAUGAUAAGGAAGGGAGCAGCUCCCUUGAGGGAGAAGCAACCAAAGGGGGCAAUUCCCCUGAAUCCUGUAAAGCGCAACAGGGCAAUCAACAGGAGAAGACAGAAGAGAGUUCCCUCAAAAGGGAUCACUCCCCUGUCGGUGAUGCUAACACCACUUUGCAAGGGGGAGAAGACUACACAGACGUGAUCGAAAUGAUGAAAAAAAAAAAAAUAAAAAAUAACGAAAGGGAGAGGGGAAAAAUCGCAAAAAUGUGUAAGAAGGGAACAAACGGAAUGAAGCUAAUUUGUACCUUCAUAAAAAAGGCAGGACAGCAGACAAAAAUAAUAAUCAUACAGCCAUCGAUACUGAAGGUGUAUUGGGCCGAUUUAAAGAAAAAUAUAAAGCACACCGUCGUGUGGGUCAAAACAGGAGUCCUCCUAUUCCUCACCAAUAUGAAGAUUUCGAAAAAUUUAAUCAUAAAAAGGUUAAAGGGACACAGACUGUCGUACUCAGAAUAUAAGUUGCUAAUUCGGACAAUGAAUGACAUGUUCAAAUUAAUUCCUUUUUCAUUUUUCAUCAUUGUCCCAUUUGCGGAGUUUUUACUUCCAUUAUUUCUGAAGAUUUAUCCCAAUUUAUUACCCUCCACUUUUAAAAAUAAUGAUGAUAAUUUUGUGAAUAUUAAGAAAAAUUUGUAUGCAAAACAGCAGCUAGCCAAAUUUCUGCAGCAACUAAUUGAGGAAAAAGAAAAACAGCUAAAUGAAAAUAUUGGAAUUGACUCAGAAAAAAAAAAAAAAAUUUUAUUUAAAUUUCAUCAGCAGUUGAUUAAUAAAGAUGAAAAAGAUGUUAACCCCUUUUUAAGUGUAGGGGACACUUUAAAAAUAGCCAAAAUUUUUAAGGACGAUUUUGUACUGGACCAAAUGAAUUUAAAAACGCUACAAACCAUUUGUCACCUGCUUGGACUGAAGCCCUACGGAAUGCAUUACCACGUGGUGCUGCAACUGAGGCAUCACUUCUUGCGCCUACAGAGGGAAGACAGAGAACUCAUCUACGAAGGGGUGGAUAAUUUGAAAAAACACACCUUGAUAGAGAUAUGCAAAGAUAGAGGCAUGAAUUUUAACACCUCCGAGGAGGAAAUGAAACUGCAAAUUCAGCAGUGGUUGGAGCUAGCCAGCAUUAAGGAAGUGCCCUACAUUUUACUCCUCUACAUCCGAUGUGUUGUCGUUACACAUGCGAUUAUGGAUAUACAGGAUACAGAGAAGGUCAGCACUGCCACCAUGGAAAAAGACGUCAAAAAUGAUACCCUUGAUGAUAAACAGAAACUUAUACAGGAGGCUAAGGAAAAACUGGACGAGUUAAAAAUGAAGGAACAAGAAAUUAAACAAAACAUUAACAAGGAGACGAGCGAAGAGGAAGGCGAGGUGGACCCCCCACACAAGGACAGCAAGGUCAAGAUAGACUUCCUCAAGAAGAACAAAUACCUGCAGAAUGAGCUCAACCUUUUGAAGCAGAUCUGCGAUUUGCAGCACACGUAA